CCACUCAGUAGGAGAAGAAGCAAUAGUAAAGCCACUAGACACCAUGUGGACAGGGGGAGGAGAGAGCUCAGAGGGGGCAAGCCUAGGUUGAACGCCCAGGCUGUCAGACCCCAGAUCAGAAGAGACAGCCUGAGCAAUAGGGUCCUUGGGCUCUGGCUGCUUGGGACAGGGGACAGGUGUGGUCCAAGGGCACAUCUGGGGACGCGCGGGCCCCCGCCCGCUGCUGUGCGCUAUGAGCGAGGCGAGCCGGGUGUGCUCCGGCUACUACAGCCUCAACCACAGCUUCGUGGAGCCUUUCCAGUGCCCCCGGCGCGACGAGGUGGCCACGCUCCUCUACUGCUGUGGCUUCGCCGACCUCAAGUACUGCUGCAGCGAGCCGGGCAGCUAUUUCCCCUACAAACACAGCUACAUGUGGAGCCUCAGCAUUGGUGCCCUGAUUGGAUUGGGAAUUGCUGCCCUUGUUUUACUUGCUUUUGUCAUCAGCGUCUGUGUCCUUUGCUAUUUAUUUCUGCAUACGAAGCCUCAAAGAUUAGACAACGGUCUUAAACUUCAACACCUAGAGACUUCUUCCAUUCGAGAAGGCAAUCCCAACAGAAAAAUCAAGACAUCCAAUUCAAAUGCAGCGUCAAAUUCAACCAAUGAAACAUCUUAUGAAGUUGAUGAUAUAGUUCAAGAAAGAACAAUGGACACAACUCAAAUCAACAUAGCUUAUUAAUUGAGAACCUUGUGGUAUAAAGCUUACUGGAGAUAACUAGUAGUACAAAUACAAAUAGUGUGUUUCAAAUAGUUCAUAAUAACACUGUCAAAAAACUCAUGCAAGACACAUUCACUGUUUUGAUCAUUUAUUCAAUUCUGACAAAAGUUUCUAAUAGAUUUUCAUCAAUA